AUGGGGAAGCGACAGCACCAGAAAGACAAGAUGUACAUUACCUGUGCUGAAUACACUCACUUCUAUGGUGGCAAGAAACCAGAUAUUCCACAAACAAAUUUUCAUCCUUUACCUUUUGACCACUGCAGUCUCUCUCUGCAGCCCUUCAGCUACCCGGUCUGCACCCCUGAAGGCGUCGUCUUUGACUUGCUAAACAUCCUUCCUUGGCUUAAGAAGUACGGGACCAACCCCAGCAUGAACUUUGCAAAGAACAGUGAAGAGAAGUACCACUGUCCAGUGCUAUACACCGUGUUCACCAACAACACCUACAUCAUGGCCAUCAGGACCACUGGCAAUGUCUAUGCCUAUGAGGCAGUGGAGAAGCUCAAUAUCAAGGCCAAGAGCUUCCGAGACCUGCUGACAGACGAGCACUUCUCCCGGCAGGACAUCAUCACCCUCCAGGACCCUACAAAUUUGGACAAAUUCAAAGUCUCCAACUUCUUUCAUGUUAAGAAUAUCAUGAAAAUAACCAACCCAUAUGAAGAAAAGGCCAAACAGGACCCAUCUUAUUAUUUGAAAAAUACCAAUGCCGAGACCCGAGAAACACUGCAGGAGCUCUACAAGGAGUUCAAGGGGGAUGAGGUCCUGACGGCCACCAUCAAAGUCCCAGAGAAGAAGAAGGAGGACAAGCUGAAUGCGGCCCACUAUUCCACUGGGAAGGUUAGCGCCUCCUUCACCUCCACCACCCUGGUUCCAGAGACCACCCACGAAGCAGCCGCCAUGGACGAGGACGUGUUGCGCUACCAGCUUGUGAAGAAGAAGGGCUACCUGCGGCUGCACACCAACAGGGGAGACCUCAACCUGGAGCUGCACUGCGACAUGACACCAAAAACCUGCGAAAACUUCAUCAAGCUCUGCAAGAAGCAGUAUGACAAUGGCACCCUCUUCCACAGGUCUAUCAGGAAUUUUGUGAUCCAGGGAGGUGACCCCACUGGCGCAGGUACGGAUGGGGAGUCUUACUGGGGAAAACCCUUCAAAGAUGAGUUCCGGCCCAACCUCUCGCACAUGGGCCGAGGCAUCCUCAGCAUGGCCAACUCGGGGCCCAACACCAACAAGUCUCAGUUCUUUAUCACCUUUCGCUCCUGCGCCUACCUCGACAAGAAGCACACCAUCUUCGGGCGGGUCGUUGGGGGCUCUGACACAGUAACAGCCGUGGAGAAUGUGGAGAGUGACCCCAAAACGGACCGCCUUAAGGAUGAAAUCUGCAUCGACUACACCAUGGUGUUUGUGGACCCCUGCGAGGAGGCUGAUGUGCAGAUCGCCGGGGAGCGGAAAGAGGCAGCCCCCGAGAGCACAGUGAAGAAAAGCCAGUCCAAGUCAGGGAGCCAGGGCCCCCCUACCUACCGCCAGGGGGUGGGCAAGUACAUCAACCCUGCAGCCACGAAACGUGCAGCUGAUGAGGAACCAUUCACCAGCGCAGCUGUCCCCGUGGCCAGGAAGCAGCCCAGUGGAGGCUUCAAGGACUUCAGCGCGUGGUAG